CCAAUUGUUGUUACUUGUUAUCCUUGAGACUUGAAGUGGGUCCAUCCUAUCAAUUUCCUAGCCAAUAAUAAUAUGCCACGUGUAUGAACAUGUGAUAAUUAAGGCAACAUCAAAAUUCCCUAAUUGAGUCAUAAAGUGUGAGAAUGCCAUAAGAAAUUAUUGUAUUAUGUUAUGUUCUUACCAACUAAGGAAUCAAAGAAUCUUUGUUGGGUUUUAGCGUUGUAGAGAAACAAGAAGAAGAAAAAAACACCUAUAAGGGUUAAACUGGUCUUUUAGAUUUUAUCAAUCAAAGAAAAAAAAGAUACUUCAUUUGUCUCACAUAAAAGAAACAAGGAACUUUUGUGACACCUUGGAUAUCCACACAUAAUGGAUCCAAGAAUGUACAAUGCUGCAAAGAAAGGGAGUACUAUGGAAGAUGGUGAUUUUUCACUUGUUGAUUAUCUGAAAAGGGAGGAAGAAAAUGGUUACCAAGUCACUCCAAAGGGAAUACAAUCCUCCAUGUGGCAGCUCUCUUUGGCCAACGAGGUUUCGUGGGAAAAGUCCUUAAGAUUACCCCGGUAUUAUUAUGCUAUAAGAAUAAGAAAAAUGAAACUGCGCUUCACAUUGCAGCUAAUUUAGGACAAAGUGAAGUGGUGAGUGAACUACUUAGCUUAGGAGGAGAGGAGACAAUACUCGUUAGGAUGACGGAUGACAUUGGAGAUACGGCCUUGCACAAGGCUGUGAGAGGUGGACACAUUGACAUUGUCAGGAUGUUGGUGAAAUUAUUACUAGAUCCUGAACACGACCUCCCGGCCAAUAAGGCUGGGGAGACACCACUUUAUUUGGCAGCAGAGUCUGGUUUUCAUGAUGCUUUGAUUGAAAUCUUGAACGUUUGCAAAGAACCAACUUAUGUUGCAGGUCCAUCCAAUCGAACACCUCUACAUGCAGCCGUAAUUCAAGAACACACGGAAUGCGCGAGAUCACUAUGGCAAUGGAAUAAACCUUUAUGUGAAGCAUCUGAUAAAUGGGGUUGGAAUUCUCUACACUAUGCUGUUAAACAAGGAUUGAAAGAAAUAGUUUCCGAUAUGUUGGGAUGGAAGAAAUCUUCAGCCUACCUUCCGGCAGGCAGUGAAAAUGACUGGACGACAACAUUUCACAUUGCUGCUAGUGAAGGUGAUAUAUUCAUGAUAAUUGAGUUAUUAAACCACUGCCCAGAUUGUUGGGAAAUGCUUAAUAGCAAUGGUCAAAAUGCACUUCAUGUUGCCUUAUUGAACGGUCACGAAAUGUUCGUCAUGGUGUUACUUGAGUGGGAAUUUUGUAAUAGCCUUGUUGAUGAGGCAGAUAAUGAGGGCAAUACUCCACUCCAUUUGCUUGCUGCCUCUGGGAACCGUGUGCCUCAAAUGAUAUUAUACCAUCCUAUCGCAAAGAAGAUGAUAUUUAACAAACAAAAUCAGACUCCACUUGACAUAGCAUUGUCUCGUACAUGGACAAUAAAGAAGGAGAAAUUGGUAGGCGAUUUGUACAGCAUAAAUGGACUAUUGGGACAACGUGACUUCAAGGUAAAACGGAAAACAGAAACGAUUGGUAACAUACAACAGAUGAGGAGAAAGGGGGAUGAUGAUGACAAAGCUAAGAGAGACAAAAUAGAAAUAGAAAAAAUUAUGAAGGCAGCUCAAAUACAAGUAGUUGUAGCUACUCUCCUAAUGACAGUCACUUUCGCAGCUGGCUUCACAUUGCCAGGAGGUUUAUACAACGAAGACAGUCCUAAUAAAGGGAUGGCGAUUCUAUUAAGAAAAGCAGCUUUUCGUGCAUUUGUUAUUUCAGAUGUCCUGGCAUUUGCAUUCUCAGCUGGUGCUAUAUUCAUCUACUUCUUCAUGGCAAAUUGUGAUGUAGCCGAAGAUGAAGAAUAUGAACGGGACUGGUUCAAAGUUUUAAAGAGUUAUUAUAUAAUAGCAGGUUCUUUGCAACUUUUGGCAAUGGGUGCUGUUGUAAUUGCAUUUGUAACUGGUAUGUAUGCUACUUUAGCAAAUUCACUUGAUCUUGCUGUUAGUGUUUGUGUCAUCGGUUGUGUCUCUUUUCUUAUGUACUUUUGGAUUAUCUUUUGGGUAGAAAGCUAAGAAGAAACUCUUAAGAGCUCUUGCUUUUUAGGCCUAUUGAGCCAACAAACAUACUUUGUAGUCAUGCCCAAGUUGCCACCAAAUACUUGGCCCAAAUAUGUAUUAAAUUAUGAUUAGAUUAUAUGAUCUAGUAUAAAUAUUGAGUGCUAAAUAAGUAC